GCGCAGCCCAGAGGAGCCGCGCACGGGGGCGAGCAGGGCAGGGCCCGCGCCUGGGCGAGCCGCUCUCUGCGCGUCUGCUGGCUGUGGGGCCCCUCGCUGCGGCAGUAGUUGCGGUGGCCGCGAGGUGCUAGCCCGUUUAGAGGUGACCGUAGAGCAGCCAAUCCAGGCGGCAGGACCAACAGACAGCUCACAAGCUGCAUGGCGCGGUUGCCCACUGGGUGGGGCGCUCGGCCCUGGAUGCUGGCGCUGUCCAUGCUGGGCUUUGGCCUGAUGUUGCAGGCCAGUGCCAAGAGACCCUCAAAGACGCCCCCCUGCCCGCCCAGCUGCUCCUGCACUAGGGACACCGCCUUCUGCGUGGACUCCAAGGCUGUGCCCAGGAACCUGCCCUCAGAGGUCAUCUCUCUGACGCUGGUGAAUGCUGCCUUCUCGGAGAUCCAGGACGGAGCCUUUGCACACCUGCCGCUGCUGCAGUUUCUAUUGCUCAACUCCAACAAGUUUACGCUGAUUGGAGACAAUGCCUUCGCGGGACUAUCCCACCUGCAGUACCUCUUCAUCGAGAACAAUGACAUCUGGGCUCUGUCCAAGUUCACCUUCCGAGGACUGAAAUCUUUGACACACCUCUCAUUGGCCAAUAAUAAUCUGCAGACCCUGCCAAGAGAUGUCUUCCGACCCCUGGACAUCCUGUCCGAUUUGGACCUUCGAGGCAACUCACUCAACUGUGACUGCAAGGUGAAGUGGCUGGUGGAGUGGUUGGCACACACCAACACCACAGUGGCCCCCAUCUACUGCGCCAGCCCACCCCGCUUCCAGGAGCAUAAGGUGCAGGAUUUGCCCCUUCGAGAGUUCGACUGCAUCACCACGGAUUUUGUGCUGUACCAGACGUUGCCCUUCCCGGCUGUGUCCGCUGAGCCCUUCAUCUACUCCAGCGACCUCUACCUGGCUCUGGCCCAGCCAGGAGCCAGUUCCUGCACCAUCCUUAAGUGGGACUAUGUAGAACGGCAACUUCGAGACUAUGAUAGAAUCCCAGCCCCCUCCGCAGUGCACUGCAAGCCCAUGGUGGUGGAUAGCCAGCUGUACGUAGUCGCCGCGCAGCUGUUCGGUGGCUCUUACAUUUAUCACUGGGACCCCAACACCACCCGCUUCACCAAGCUGCAGGAUAUUGACCCUCAGCGUGUGCGCAAGCCCAAUGACCUGGAGGCCUUCCGAAUUGACGGCGACUGGUACUUCGCAGUGGCAGACAGCUCCAAGGCAGGGGCCACCAGCCUUUACCGCUGGCACCAGAACGGCUUCUACUCCCACCAGGCUCUGCACGCCUGGCACCGCGACACUGACCUGGAGUUCGUGGACGGGGAGGGCAAGCCAAGACUGAUCGUGUCGAGCAGCUCCCAGGCGCCCAUCAUCUACCAGUGGAGUCGCUCGCAGAAACAGUUUGUAGCCCAGGGCGAAGUGACCCAGGUGCCUGAUGCCCAGGCCGUGAAGCACUUCCGAGCGGGGCGCGACAGCUACCUGUGCCUCAGCCGCUACAUUGGCGACUCCAAGAUCCUGCGCUGGGAGGGUGCCCGCUUCUCGGAGGUACAGGCGCUGCCUUCCAGGGGCUCACUGGCCCUACAACCCUUCCUGGUAGGUGGCCGCCGCUACCUGGCACUGGGCAGCGAUUUCUCCUUCACCCAGAUCUACCAAUGGGAUGAAGGGAGACAGAAGUUUGUGAGGUUCCAGGAGCUGGCUGUGCAAGCCCCUCGGGCUUUCUGCUACAUGCCAGCUGGCGAUGCACAGCUGCUCCUGGCCCCCAGCUUCAAGGGACAGACGCUCGUGUACCGGCACGUAGUGGUAGAUCUCAGUGCCUAAGGGUGCUGAGGCUUGGGGCUCUUCCGAUGGUCACUGGAGCGUGCGUGGGAGCCUGUGGGAGCAGCACGUGUCCAUGCUAAGACACACAUAGCCAGUCUGGCUCUGUGCCCUCACCAACAUCCCACAGCUAGCUGGGCACGCACCCUGGAGCAGCCCCGAGAGUCACUUUGCAGCUGUAAUCGCAUGAAGACCUGCUGUCCUGUUCCCUGUCCAUGUGACCUAGUCCUGGACGGAGGCUGGGCAGGGGCUGGCGUGCCCUGCCAUUUCCUGUUGGUGCUCAUGUGUCUGUGUAGACGCUCAUGUUCCACUCUGUACUCACACAGCCAUGUCCCGGGCCCUCCAAGAACACUCACCAGGCCACACUUUCUGCAUGUUCAUCUCCUGACAGACACCUGCAGCCAUGUGCUUUCAAACUUGUCCCCAUGCCUCUUUCCGGCCAGUCCUGCACAUACUCAGAUGCUUAAAGGAGCCUCCCUUCUUGCCUCUCUUCUCUAAGAGGGCGUGUAGAACCUGUUCCUCAUCCCCUCAUACAUGCUGUUCCCACCCAGCAGCUGACAAGGAUGAGAAUAUCAUGCUAGUCUCUGGGCACCAGCUUGAACUACUGGGGGCAAAGCCCCUCUGCCGGAAGCAAUGACAGCAGCCCCCACAAC